GGGCCGGGAGGGCGGAGCGGGUCGGGGUCUCCGGCGUCAUGGAGCUGAACGAGCUGCUGUACAACAAGUCCGAGUACAUCGAGACGGCAUCUGGGAAUAAAGUUAGUCGCCAGUCAGUGCUGUGUGGAAGCCAGAAUAUUGUUCUUAAUGGCAAGACAAUUGUAAUGAAUGACUGUAUUAUCCGAGGGGAUUUGGCGAACGUCAGGGUUGGACGCCACUGUGUUGUGAAAAGCCGCAGUGUGAUAAGGCCGCCGUUCAAAAAAUUCAGCAAGGGGGUUGCUUUCUUUCCUCUCCAUAUCGGCGAUCACGUCUUUAUAGAAGAAGACUGCGUGGUCAACGCAGCCCAGAUCGGUUCCUACGUCCACAUAGGCAAAAACUGUGUGAUUGGUCGUCGGUGUGUUUUGAAAGACUGUUGCAAAAUUCUCGAUAACACGGUAUUACCCCCCGAGACGGUGGUCCCACCGUUCACCGUCUUCUCGGGCUGCCCAGGGCUCUUCUCCGGGGAACUCCCAGAGUGUACUCAGGAGCUGAUGAUGGACGUCACUAAGAGCUACUACCAGAAGUUCUUGCCUCUCACUCAGGUGGCCCCAGCGAGGGCAUAAAAAGCAAGUCACCAGAGACGACCUCUCAAAAGCAGCCUGCUUAUAACCCCCCUAAAUUAGCCAUUUUAACCUCCAUCCACCAGCCCACCGUCGGGUCCUGCGCUCCUGACUCCGCAUCUCUUGCCACCCGCCCUGGUUGAGAGGAUGAAAAACCGCCAUCAGGCGCUGCCUUCUGCCUGCAUUGCUCUUGGGGAGCGGUAGUUCCCUGGAGAGGACGCACAUUUUGCCCGGUGGCCCUGGUCCCUUGGAGAUUUGACCGCAAAUAACCGAGCCCCAGGUCAGCAGGCAGGAACCGGGGGAAACAUCAUUUGGGUGGAGGAUAAAACUCAGGGUCUUAUGUGGAGGAAACCCAGUUUCCACUCGUCUGAAAAUAAUAAACCAUCCCUGCAUUGGGCCCCCC